AACGUAAAAGUUAAAAGGGUUUUUUCGAAAAUUAUAGGGGGUCUUUGUCACUGAACCCAUAGUCUACGGGUCCUUGUAAUUUACCCAAAAAAAGCAGCUGGCAGGCGAGUGGCGACCUUCUUCUUCUCAUCGGCGAUAGAACAAACCUCAGAAAUCCUUCGCUCAUGGCAAUUAGAAACAUACUCCGAUCAAACUUCAUUUUUAAAUCUCUCAACUGUCCAUUCAGCACCGUUCGCUUUAAAGUAACAUCUGUUCAAUACGUAGCAACGAGGGCCAGAGACCCAACAUUCGAGAAAUUCAUGGACAACUACAAGAACCUCCUCAAAGUCGUCUCUGUUCAAGACCUCAUCAUCGCAAAUCCUAAAAACCGGACCAUAUCUCUCGAUUUCCUCAACAGGGUUUCUCAGAAACUUCACCUCAAUCGGGGCGCUUUGUCCUUUCUCCGUAAAUACCCUCGCAUUUUCUCCAUUUUCUACAACGCCUCCAAGUCCCAGCCGUUCUGCAAAUUAACAGAUGUCGCCAGUCAGAUUUCCUGCCAAGAAGCAGCUGCAAUCGAUGCUUCCAAGCCCGUCGUCGUCGACCGACUGGUUCGACUUCUGUCCAUGUCGGUCUCCAAAUCACUUCCCCUGCGAGCAAUUUUCAAGGUCUGGAGGGAAUUCGGGCUGCCUGAUGAUUUCGAGCAGUCGGUAAUUGCUCAAAACCCUAAUCUUUUCUUACUUUGCGAUGCCCAUGAACCAAAUACUCAUAUCUUGAAACUGGACCCUAGAAACCUCGACACUGAUUUAUCUGCCUCGGUUGAGAAUUGGAGGAUUACAGAGUGCUGUGGGCAGGACUCUAAAGUUGAUGCUGCAGAAAUUAGAUUCGCUUUUAAACAUGGGUUUCCACCUGGAAUGAAGUUGAGUAAGGAUUUUAGGGCUAGAGUUAAGGAAUGGCAGAAACUGCCGUAUGUUGGGCCAUAUGAGGAGAUGAAGGAGAAGAUGAGGUUAAGAGCUGGUAUGAAGGCAUUGGAGAAACGGGCCGUUGGGAUUGUUCAUGAGUUCUUGAGUUUGUCAGUGGAGAAAAUGGUGGAGGUGGAGAAGAUAAGCCACUUCAGGAAAUGGUUUGGGAUUGAUUUGAAUAUAAGGGACCUAUUUUUGGAUCACCCUGGAAUUUUCUAUUUGUCAACUAAGGGAAAAAGGCACACGGUUUUCCUAAGAGAGGCUUACCAGCGGGGGUGUUUAAUCGAUCCAAAUCCAGUUUAUGAAGCGAGGAGGAAACUUCUUGAUCUUGUUAUUUUAGGACGGAGAGGUUUUCUUGUAGGUGAUUCAGGGUCAUCAGAGAAAGAACGAUGGGGAAAAGAGAAGCUUGAAGAGGGUGUAAAUUAAGGUUUUGAAUUUUUUGAAUUCAAAUGUUGAACCAAUGAAAUUGGAAAUGUUGGUCACAGUGGGAAGAUUUUCUUGACCAUUUAUUGAGAAAGAAUGUUGGAUGGUGGUGCAAAUUUGAUCAUGGUGAUAGAAUGAAAGAAUCGAAACAUUGUUGAAUUGGGUAGGGUUUUGUAUGCUUAAUUAAAGUUAGGUGCUUUAAUGGUUUUCCUGAUCAUUCCCUGCUUUGUAUUAGAUGGUGCAAAUCCACUCAUGGUGAUAGAAAGAAAUAUUGGAAACA